AUGUAAACAGGACCAGCUGGAUAUUACCAGUGCCUCUAGAUGUGAACAGGACCAGCUGGAUAUUACCAGUGCCCCUAGAUGUAAACAGGACCAGCUGGAUAUUACCAGUGCCCCUAGAUGUAAACAGGACCAGCUGGAUAUUACCAGUGCCCCUAGAUGUAAACAGGACCAGCUGGAUAUAACUAGUGCCUCUAGAUGUGAACAGGACCAGCUGGAUAUUACCAGUGCCCCUAGAUGUAAACAGGACCAGCUGGAUAUUACCAGUGCCCCUAGAUGUAAACAGGACCACCGGGAUAUUACCAGUGCCCCGAGAUGUAAACAGGACCAGCUGGAUAUUACCAGUGCCCCUAGAUGUAAACAGGACCACCGGGAUAUUACCAGUGCCCCUAGAUGUAAACAGGACCAGCUGGAUAUUACCAGUGCCCCUAGAUGUAAACAGGACCAGCUGGAUAUUACCAGUGCCCCUAGAUGUAAACAGGACCAGCUGGAUAUUACCAGUGCCCCUAGAUGUAAACAGGACCAGCUGGAUAUUACCAGUGCCCCUAGAUGUAAACAGGACCAGCUGGAUAUUACCAGUGCCCCUAGAUGUAAACAGGACCAGCUGGAUAUUACCAGUGCCCCUAGAUGUAAACAGGACCACCAGGAUAUUACCAGUGCCCCUAGAUGUAAACAGGACCACCGGGAUAUUACCAGUGCCCCUAGAUGUAAACAGGACCAGCUGGAUAUUACCAGUGCCCCUAGAUGUAAACAGGACCAGCUGGAUAUUACCAGUGCCCCUAGAUGUAAACAGGACCAGCUGGAUAUUACCAGUGCCCCUAGAUGUAAACAGGACCACCGGGAUAUUACCAGUGCCCCUAGAUGUAAACAGGACCAGCUGGAUAUUACCAGUGCCCCUAGAUGUAAACAGGACCACCGGGAUAUUACCAGUGCCCCUAGAUGUAAACAGGACCACCGGGAUAUUACCAGUGCCCCUAGAUGUUAA